AUGUCCUUCUACCCUCCAGGCUGGACCCAUGACCGGCUCCUCAACGCCAGCGGGAACGACCUAAUGACACUCUCAGAAACCCAACGCACCGACCUCUUUGUCGGCCUCAAAGCAACUCACGGCGAAGAGGGUUUCCGUGAAAUCAUGCAGGAAAUGAGUCGUCGUUACCGGGCCCGAGUCGAGGGCGCCAAGUCAGAGGAAACAAAGCAUCAAGAGCGAGAGCUCCACGCGCCCUUUAUUCAGACCCUAAGCUCCGUCUUCCGAAGCCUAGAGACCGAGGAUUGGGGGAAAUGGGGAUUCGUGGUGUUUCGUACGAGUCCCUACGGAGUUGAGCAUGAGACACAGUGGGCGGAAUUUCGAAGCCGGUGGGAUGCGAUUAUCGAGGACGAGUUAGCCCCGCAUCGGGGGCUAGAGAAGGUAGAUCGGGCGAUUCAGUUGCUGGAGUUUCAGUGGGUAGAAUAUCCCGAGUUAGAGGGUAUAGAUGCGGCGGAGGUAGCUAGACGCUUUAAUGAAACCGCAAAGGGCCUUCCACGGGGACUCUCCACUUCCGCUUGUCUUAUAGUAACACCAGCUUCAAUUGAGUCUGUCCUUACCUCUCCACUCCCUUCUUCUGCGCCACGCCGCGAGCGCCAAAAAGUUCCCUUUGUUGUUUCGCUGUCCCGAGCGAGUGCCCAGCCUCUUCUACCUAUGCCGGGGUUGGGUGAUGAGGAUAUGGCCGGGGCUGGAUUUAAUGGGUAUCUUAAUGUGGCUGUGGAGACUCUCUUACAAGAGUUUUACCCGAUUGUCGCGUUGCAGAUGAUGGAUCUGCAUACACUGGCGGCGAAGUUUCAUGAUGAGAAUGAUAUUUGGUGUUCGAGUGAUCGGUGGGGGGUCCAUCAUUACCAAGGUAAGGAAUUGUAA